GUGGGGUCCGGGUGGAGGACAUAAAAGGUGGAGGGAGUCCUCAGAUCCUGCGAACCACUGAGAGUUAAACUUCUCCUGCUGCAGCCCACAGUCCACAGGUCGGUUUAAAGAUGCAGAGAAGCUUUGGGAUUUUCUGCGUGUCGCUCAUCUUCUGCGCAGCUCUGUCUGAGACCAUCGGUCUGGUCCUCGCGGCGAAGGAGAAGCGUGGCUGGACACUGAACAGUGCUGGCUACCUGUUAGGUCCCCACGGGAUCGAUGGACACAGGACGCUCGUAGACAAGGCGGGGCUCGCUGGGAAGAGGGACAUGGAGGAGGACUACAGAACAGGUGCCCAGAGAAUAGCAGAUGGAGACAUCAUCCGCACUGUCAUCGACUUCCUGUCGUACCUUAAACUUAAAGAGAUGGGAGCCUUGGACAGCCUGCCUUCCUCUGUGACAUCAGAUGAACUGGCAAACCCCUAAUGGCCCCCCGACUCCUCACCUCCAUCAGCCCGAGUCAUGCUUCUGCUAUCCAGACCCCCUCCGUCUUACAUGUCCCCUUCCUGUCCCACCAUCCAUACUCUGACGCUGGAUUUGUCCUGGCUCCAGAGAUCUGCUUCUUUGACUCUUUGAAUGAUUGUCCCCCCAAUACAAAUAUGAGAUCUGUCUGCUCCUAUGUAAAUAAAAAGGUCAGCGAGUGUCUGCUGGCUGUGGGACGAUCUGUUCACAAGCUCACUGUAUUGUCAUCUUAGUAUUCUUUCAUCUGAUUUAAGAAAAUGGAGGGAAAUUAAUAAACAAAUGGCACUGGA